AAAUUUAAAAGAUUAUGGAAGAUAUUUCAGGUGUUUUUCCCGGAGGAAAAGAUUUUAAUCGACAAUUUUGAAGCCUAAAUCGAGUAAAGACAGCAAAUUUCUUGAUAUCUUCACGGUUUCUACUUUGGAUGACGGCGCGAUUAGUGUAAUAAAGAAGGUGGAUUUGAAGAUGAAAGUGAGAGGGAGAGAGAGGGGCGAGAUUUCGUGUGGUUUUUUCGGUUCACAAAAAUAUAGAGAGAAGAAGGGUUCGGAUUGGAAAAAGAAAGAUCUAUUUGUGUGUGUUUAUAUGUAUAUGUAUAGAGAGAGAAAGAGAGAGACGGCAUCGUAGCAGAAAGAGAGCAGGAAGGAGGAUGGUAUCAAAAAUCAUGAACUUGUUGUAGCAGAGAGUGCUCAUCAAACUUUUUGUACUCUGAGUGACACCGCGAGAGAGAGGGAGAGUAAAAUCAAAUUCUUACCUUUUUUUUUUUAAAUUUCUUUUUACCUCUUUCUUCUCUCCCCCCCCCCUCUCUGUGAGUGCGUUGUGCAAUACAUUUCCAAAUCUGAGGAACCUCUCACGCCACAGCUGUAUCAUCCACCAAACUGCACUGGCAGAAUUUUUUUCUUCAGAUUUUGGCUUCUGAAGCUGCUCUUCCUUGUUUGCUUCGAAGAUCCGCUCGGUUUAUUGACCUUUGUUGGAGUACCCGUUGGGUUGGGUUGGCUUGAGUUGAGUGCUGGGUAAUCCAAGCAUCGCUCUGCUAAGUUAGGGUUUGUCCGUUGCCAUGACGGGCUGGCGUGAGGGCAUGUCCUCUGAUAAUAUUAAGGGCCUUUGUCUUGCUCUGUCGUCUAGCUUCUUUAUCGGUGCUAGCUUCAUUGUUAAGAAGAAGGGGUUGAAAAAGGCGGGUGCUAGUGGUAUCAGGGCAGGAAGUGGAGGCUAUUCUUACUUAUAUGAGCCACUUUGGUGGGUGGGCAUGAUAACAAUGAUUGUUGGAGAAAUCGCUAAUUUUGCAGCAUAUGCAUUUGCUCCAGCUAUAUUGGUGACUCCACUUGGUGCGCUCAGCAUUAUAAUCAGUGCUGCACUUGCUCAUAUUAUCUUAAGAGAAAAGUUGCAUGUAUUUGGCAUUCUUGGUUGUGUUUUGUGCGUUGUGGGUUCUACAACAAUUGUCCUCCAUGCACCUCAAGAACAGCAAAUUAACUCGGUGAUAGAAGUAUGGGAGCUUGCCAUGGAGCCUGCAUUUCUCAUUUUCGCAACGUUGAUUCUAAUAGCUGUCUUAAUUCUCAUUUUCCACUUCGUUCCUCUAUAUGGCCAGACUCACAUAAUGGUUUAUAUUGGUGUUUGUUCCCUUGUAGGUUCUAUAACGGUCAUGAGUGUUAAGGCGCUUGGAAUUGCCAUAAAAUUAACUCUAUCAGGGAUGAAUCAACUACUUUUUCCCCAAACUUGGGCAUUCACUCUAGUUGUGACUGUUUGUGUUCUUACCCAAAUGAAUUAUUUAAACAUGGCACUGGAUACCUUCAACACUGCGGUGGUAUCUCCCAUAUACUAUGUUAUGUUCACAUCGUUAACCAUUCUGGCUAGUGUUAUAAUGUUUAAGGACUGGGAUAGGCAGAGUCCAACCAAAGUUGUCACAGAGAUGUGUGGAUUUGUGACGAUACUUUCAGGAACUUUUCUUUCUUCACAAACUAAAGAUAUGGCUGAGGGUAUGUUACCAACAACUUUGCCCGUCAAACUUCCCAAGCAUUCAGAAGAUGAUGAUUUCGGUAAUGGUGAAGGGAUUCCCCUAAGACGGCAGGAAUCGUUAGAGCAUCAUGAUAUAUAUAGAGAUAUAUAGAUAUAUAUAUAUAAAAAUAUAAAUAUACACACUUUUUGCCAUGCCAUUGCAUGCAAUUCUCUCAUACUUUUGUCUCGUGGGGAGGGACCUUGUGAAGGUCACACUGUAUUUGAGCAAGAUUUUUCCGCCCCCCAGUCGUCAUCGUCGUCAUCAUCAUAUAUUCAUUUUCUGAUACAGUUGGGAUAUGGAAGGAUGAGAUUGUCCUGUCAUGGUUCUUUUGGCUUUCCCUGAUGAUUAUUGAUUGAUGUUGCCUUGUAACACCCCUCUCUAAGCUCCACACAUCAGAAGACACAGUCCAAUGUAAUUUUCUGCUUCCUGAUUAUUAUUAUUAUUAUUAUUGCUAUUAUGUAGUGUAUCUCAGUUAAUCCAGGUAGCUCUCUGCAACAAAUAUUGAAAAUGUUGUCAACAUUCUUAUAUACACAUUCACUCUUUGCAAUCAUUUGCGAGGAGUCAAUUGAGACUCACAAAAAGGGGUUUACUGAUUUAGCGAGUUCUUAUUGGUUC